AUUAAGAAUGAAAUUAAAUCGAUUUAAAGCACUAUGAAUUGAGAAUAGUAUGGAGAAUAUUGGCAGGAAGCUAGUAGAUGGUUAACAGUAGAUAUUUAUAACAAUAACAAAAAUAAUAUUACAUGUAAGAAAAAAUAGAAAAGAGAAGAGAGGAGUGUGCUUUCAGUAAAGCGACGCAAUUAAAGAUGAAAAUGACUGUCAGAGCAUUAGGACCUUUUCUUCGCUCUAAUAAUUUGUUACUCAGAACAUUGAACGAAAAUGUUGUUGCCAGUAACGGAAUUAAACCCUUGGUUAAUAUUGAAAGUCAACGACGAGAAGCGCAUCAAUGGAUGCCUGACUUAGACGAAUAUAAACAUCUUCUAAAAAAUGAAUGUUCUAAAAUAUUAGCUACAAGAGAGAAGACAUGGCCUUAUAUCAAGCCAAGCUGGAAUGAACCACAAACAACAUCUGCGCAAUUAACAUCGGAAUAUCGAAAUGUAGUAAUCAAUUUUGGUCCCCAACAUCCAGCUGCACAUGGGGUAUUACGAUUGCUAAUUGAGAUGAAUUCUGAAUAUGUAACUCGCGCUGAUCCUCAUAUAGGUCUUUUACAUCGGGGUACAGAAAAAUUGGUAGAAUAUAAAACAUAUAUGCAAGCCUUACCAUAUUUUGAUCGUUUGGAUUACGUAUCCAUGAUGUGCAAUGAACAGUGUUUUUCUAUGGCUAUUGAGAAACUAUUAAAUAUUGAUAUACCCUUGCGAGCAAAAUAUAUUAGAACUUUAUUUGCUGAGAUCACAAGAAUUCUAAAUCAUAUUAUGAAUAUUGGAACGCAUGCCCUUGAUAUUGGAGCUCUAACACCAUUCUUUUGGUUAUUUGAAGAACGAGAAAAAUUAAUGGAAUUUUACGAACGCGUGAGUGGUGCUCGCAUGCAUGCGGCUUAUAUUCGUCCUGGUGGUGUUUCAUUGGAUAUGCCAUUGGGUUUAAUGGACGACAUAUAUGAAUGGAGUUCGAAAUUCGCUUUCCGAUUAGAUGAAGUAGAAGACUUGCUAACAGAAAACAGAGUAUGGACUGAACGUACAAAAGAUAUUGGAAUAGUGACGGCAGAACAAGCAAUAGAGUGGGGCUUCAGCGGAGUAAUGUUAAGAGGUUCCGGAAUUCAAUGGGAUAUAAGGAAAAAGACACCUUACGAUGCUUAUGACUUGAUUGAAUUUGAUGUUCCAAUUGGCUUAAAAGGAGAUUGUUAUGAUCGAUAUCUUUGCCGCAUGGAGGAGAUGCGUCAAUCAUUACGAAUCAUUUAUCAAUGUUUGAAUCAAAUGCCAGAGGGUGAAGUGAGAAUCGAUGAUGCAAAAAUCGUACCACCUAGAAGAGAAGAAAUGAAAACUAGCAUGGAAGCAUUGAUACAUCAUUUCAAACUGUAUACUCAAGGAUUCCAAGUUCCUCCUGGAUCAACAUAUACUGCGAUUGAAGCACCAAAAGGUGAAUUUGGUGUGUACCUCGUAAGCGAUGGUAGUAGCAAGCCUUAUAGGUGCAAAAUCAAAGCACCAGGUUUUGCUCAUUUGGCAGCAUUGCGUCAUAUGGGUCCUAGAUGCUUACUUGCUGAUAUCGUAGCUAUUAUCGGUACCUUGGAUGUAGUAUUUGGUGAAAUUGAUAGAUAAUUUAUUUACUUGUUACUCUUACUAGAUGUACUUCGUACAUAGAAAAUUUCAUAAAUAUUGUUUUCUAUUCUAUAUAACAUAGAAAACAUGCAUAAAUGAGAGAGAGAAAAAAAAAUACAAUAAAAUGUAUUCGUUAUUGUUUUGAUCGAAA